CAACGAAGGGCAAAGAUUGUUUUGAAAAGGAGGAUGAAUGGAAGGGAAAAAGGCACGUGAGAAGGAUGGCAAGCUGUGCUUCAUGACGAGCUCCCGCACCAUGUUUUAUGGGCCGUCCUCCACCAUGGCUCCGCCGUCCAAGAACCGGCUGAAGCGCCAGGGCCGCCUCUUCUCCCAGGUGCUGUACCGCACCCUGAGCUACAAGGACCGCGGCUCAGCCCCCGCCGAGGACGACCCGGCCGAGCUCUCCACCCAGCUCUCGGCCCCCGGCAUCCUGAAAAUCUUCGGGGGCAACAUCUGCGCGGGCACCAACUACAAGAGCGUGCUGGUGACGGGCAGCUCGGGCGCGCGGGAGCUGGUGAAGGAGGCCCUGGAGCGCUACGGGCUGAGCCAGCUCAGCGCCGCGCAGUACGCGCUCUGCGACGUCAUCGGCCGCUUCCAGGGCCCCGAGAAGCAGUGGCAGACAGAGGGGCUCAGGGUCCUGGGCGACCACGAGAAGCCGCUGCUCAUCCAGGACCUCUGGAAGCCCAGGGAGGGCUUCUCGCGCCGGCUGGAGCUGCGCAGGAGGGCGGAGGUGGAGGAGAUGGCGGCCAGGGAUGUGGACACCACCACCGCAGGCAUCAACGCCCAGGCGCGGAAGCUGCAGCGGCACCGGGCGCGGGGGGCCGGGCCGGGGCCGGCAGCGGGGCCCGGCUCCAGCGGCACUGCUCCACCCUGCCCGGGCCCGGCGGCGGCGCGGAGCGGCGGCGGCAGCAGCAGCAUGCGGUACUCCCUCUACCAGUCCCCGCACCUCCUGCUCCUGCAGGGCUACAGCCAGCAGCAUGACAGCUUGGUUUACCUGCUGAACCGCGAGCAGCACACGGUGGGCCAGAGGACGCAGGCGAGCAAGCCCAGCAUCAGCCUGUCCGCCCCCGACAUCCUGCCCCUGCACUGCACCAUCAGGAAGCUCCGACCUUCCCGGCACCGCUCGGAGGAGAAGCUGGUGCUGGAGCCCAUCGCCGGCGCUGGCAUCUCUGUCAACUUCGCCGAGGUGGCCCGGACGGUGGUGCUGCGGCACGGGGACCUGCUGUCCCUCGGCCUCUACUACCUGCUGCUCUACAAGGACCCCAUGAAGGCGCAGCCGCUGCCGGCGCAGACCCUGCUGAGGCUGCGGGCCCUGCGCCCCGAGGGUCCCCAGGUGUGCGGGGCGUGCGGCAGCCUGCUGAAGGACAAGGACAAAAAGCGGGGCCCGUCGCCCGCCGGCGGCCCCAGGACGCCCCGCAGGAAGCUGCAGCUGGAGUUCGAGCCGGCGGCCGAGGAUGUGCUCCUGCGGCGCAUCAUGAGCCUCAUCGAGCCCGGCGGGGACGACCACAAGCUGACGCCUGCCUUCCUGCUCUGCCUCUGCAUCCAGCACUCGGCCACCAACUUUGAGCCGGGAGACUUCGGGCAGCUGCUGCUCAAAGCGGCUAAAAUGAUCCAGAGGACGGUGUGGGAGCGGACGCGGGAGCUGGCUGAAAAGCAAUCCCAGCACCAGGACCCUGCCACCCUGUCCCGCUUCACCAUCACAGACCUUCUCCCAGACCUGCAGCACAUCAUCUUCUGGAUGGCCAAUGCCAUCGAGAUCCUCUACUUUGUCCAGCAGAAAUCACCCACCUACAUCCAGAGCAUGGAGGAAGAGCUGGACAUCAAAGGCUCCAAGGAGUCUCUGUUCUCCUCGACCAUCACGGCCAGCGAGGAGGCGAUGACGGUGCUGGAGGAGGUGAUCAUGUACACCUUCCAGCAGUGUGUCUACUACAUCUCCAAGUGUCUGUACGUGGCUCUCCCUGCCCUGCUGGAGUGCAACCCCUUCCAGAGUGAGUGCCGGGAGGGCUGGCGGGGGACCCCGCCCCUGCCCGAGGAGCUCCGCAGGGUCGUGCUCAUCUACCAGGCUGUGCUGGACCUGCUCCACCAGUACGAAGUGCACCCCGAGAUCACCUCCCAGAUGUUUGCCUACCUCUUCUUCUUCUCCAACACCCUGCUCUUCAACCAGCUCCUGGAUAAGGGCUCCUCUCUGGGCUGCUACCAUUGGUCUCAGGGGGUGAAGCUGCGGGCCAGCGUGCGGCUGCUCCUGGAAUGGCUGCACGGCGCCGGCUUGGAGCAGCUCGCCCAGCAGUUCUUCGCCAAACUGGCCAGCGUGGCCAACCUGCUGGCCAUGCCCGGCUCCCAGCUGGUGCAGAUGAGCUGGCCAUCCCUGCGAGCCGAGUUCCCAGCGCUGAGCCCCGCGCAGCUGCACCGGGUGCUGAGCCAGUGCCAGGCAGUGAUGGACGUGGGCUGUAUCUCAGCGUGGCAGCCCAGUGAGGAGGAGAGCCCGGCCACCUUCCAGCCUGAUGAGGUGCUGGAGUCCUUUGACAACCACCCACCCAUCAUCCUACCCAGCGGGGGCUUCAAAGUGGACCUGGAGGUGGAGACGUUGGACGACAACAUCUACAGACACCUCCUGUACAUCCGCCACUUCCUCUGGAGCCUGCAGAGCAGGAGCCCCCACACCAGCGAGGGGCCGGGCUCAGCGCUCCCAAAGAAAGAGGCAUGCCCGACGCCGGAGGUGCUGGAGGUGAGCGAGGGCCGUGCCCAGGAGGAUUUUUGCUCCCUGGGGGGCUGUGUCGAGCCCGAGGGGAACCCCCAGCUCUGCCUGGCCACCAGCUCCUGCCCCUGCGAGCCCCCCGCCGGCGAGCCCCAGCUCCAGGAGAAGCUCCAGCAGCUGCAGCUGGGCAGGAGCCCGGUCCCCAAGGGUGGCACGGUGCCCCCAGACCCCUCCUGCCUGCUGACACCACCCACCACCCCCCUGAACUUCGACUCCGGGAGCCCGGAGUCACCGCAGGGCAGCGGCAAAGGGCUGCAGGACGCGCGGAGGAACGGGAUGAGCGGCACCAAAGGCAGCACCCCCGAAGGCUGCUCGCCGACCCCCUAUGACUACCCCACGCCGGAGUCUUCCAGCCGCAGCUCCGCCACCGACGACUUCUGCUACGUCUUCGUGGUGGAGCUGGAGAGGGGACCCAUCGGGCUGGGGAUGGGGCUGAUCGACGGCGUGCACACCCCUCUCUGCUCCCCGGGGAUCUACAUCCGCACGCUGAUCGAGGACAGCCCCGCGGCCGCCGACGGCAGGCUCUCCAUCGGGGACCGCAUCCUGGCUGUCAACGGCACCAGCCUCAUCGGGGCAGACUACCAGAGUGCCGUAGACCUCAUCCGCUCCGGGGGGAAAAAGCUGCGGUUUCUGGUUGCCAAGUCGGACAUUGAAAUAGCCAAAAAGAUCAGUUCCAGCUCCUCUUCCUCUUAGUCCUUGUGGUACAAGGAUCCUGCAGCAGCUUGUGGCUACAGCUCUGGUUAAGGCUGACCUCAGGGAGCCUGGAGUGCAAGAGGGAGGACCAGGACUCCACAACAGCCCUCGAUGUGCUUUUGGACACUUUGCCCCUGCACUGCAGCAGAUGAAGGGACAUGCAAGGAUGGUGCACGCUUCUCCCACUGCACUGCUUGGGAGCAUCAUUCCUGAUCCAUUGCCCAGCCUCAUCUUAUACCCAGUGUCAUCCUUCUCAGGAGCUUUCCUGUUCCUUUGUCCCCUCUGGCAGGGGGAAGAAAGGGAAUGCUCCCACCAUGAGGACUUGUAGGCAGGCUCCUCUGUUCCUCUAGGCUGGCAGCCCUGUGUGAUAUUUUAUGCUGACAGGCAGAAGGCUUGAAAGACCUUUGGGUUUUGAAGAGAACGUGUGAGGCAGACCUGGGCUUCACUGUGGCAGUGGCCACCUGAGGUGCUGGCACAUCAGGCUGGAGAAGUGUGCCCAACUCUGGGGGUGGUGAAGGCAGCACAAGCACCAGGAGUGGGAUCCCACACAGGAGGGGUUAAUCCCCUGGUGCCAUACACUAGCUCAGGUGCCUCUUGGCUGCUGGGCUACAGCCCUGCCUCAGGAUGGGAUGCAGCUACAGCAAAGGGCUGACACCACCAGCAGUUCCUGAGUCCCAGGGACAGCUCCCUGCAGAGGAGGACCCCCUUGCUCUUGCUCUGCAGAUUUACUGCCCAGCUCUGGCAACACAAUCCUGGCUGAAGGCCACCAGGACUGAAGGCAAAAUGUUCCCACAGAGGAUUGGAGCCACCAGGAAGUUGAGUGAGCCCAGCAGCACUCGGCACUGCCACCAGCCCAGGCAGACAAAUGACAGCUCAACACCAUGUCCUGCUCCUGCUCCAGCUUUGCCAGCCUGUUUCGUGCCCUGCUCGGAGCAUCUCCCGGGUGUGUGCUGCUGAAAUACCCACGGGUGGUGAUGGACAGCAGAGACCCCGUUGGGAGGACACACGAAUAUCCCAGGAACUGCUCUGCUGUCUGCUGCCGACCCCGCUGCCAGCUCAGCCGAGGGUUCAGCUCCAUCGUGUGGCUGCCCGGGCCCCUGCACACCCGGCCUCCUCCCUCCAAUUUUAGCACCAUUAACGGGAUAAACCCGACCUGAUUUCCACAUAUAGCCAGAUACUGAGACCUAGUUUAGCCGAACCCUAUUAAAACAGCCUGCAGCAAAGCCCUCCAUCACACCCUGCACGGUCCAGGCUCUGGCAGGGGAUCACAUACUCACAUGGCAUCUCACAACAACAGUGCUCUGAGGAUUGUGAUGCUAAAACAGAGCUGGCUUUGAUUACACCUCAUUGCUGCAGUUUUGGUUCCUGUGCUUAGUCUUGCACGUCGCGGGAGCGAGAUGUCAGAACACUCCAUGCAAGGGAAAUGCUCCACUACUGGAUUUCAACGCUGCCUGGCCUGCUUUUCCAGGCAAGAUGGACCAGGCACCUUCUCUGAGACACGAGUGCCUUGCUGCUCUGCUGGGCCACGCUCACAGCCCUGCCCUGGGGUGCUGCCCCAGCAGGGACUGGGAGCAGUGCAUCCUCCUGCCACUGACUCAGCUCUACCAGGCAGGUGAGCAAAGACUCAGGGCUCCUGGUGAUUCACUUCACUUUCAGUCAACAAGGUAUGCUGGCCUGUCAUCCUCCACAGAACUUGAAAUGGGCUGCCUAAAGCCUCUGGGCAAACUGCAUGCACUUCUUACUCCCCUCUGCCCUGGAGCCAGGGCUUGGGGUGAGGCUUGGUUUGCACUAGACAGUGCUGGGGCUGCAUCCUGGCACAUUCCAGCAGUACCAGUGCAACCCACUGAGCACCCCUGGAGCUGGAGAACAGCCCCAGAGCUGUGUGUCGCUCACAGUGCAGUCAGGUGUUGAAACAGACUGUAAAUAAACCCUGCUAUUUGCUAGUGUGCAUGAGGGCUGGCUUCUCCCAGGAGGAGCAGUGGGAUGGACUGACUUCCCUGUGUGUUAAUAUGUACAGCUGAGAUGUGUACAAAGCUCUGGUGCAGAUUCUGAGCACAGCAUGGCGCCUGUCGGACACGGUGGAUGUUAAGAAAUGCUCUGUGUCAACAAUAAACUGGAUCAAUAAACCUCUCCAAGCCCUGCUCUGGCA